AUGAAACGUCUUUAUUGGGCUGCAGCCGCUGUUUUUGGAAUUGUCACAAUUAUAACACUGUUUAUCAGUUCAAAACUUUUUCAAGUUACAAAUCAAUUUUCUAGCAAUAUUGGAAAUUCAUCUGAUAUACGCCAAAUAGAAAUUCUUGAAAAACAAAUAAAUGAACUAAGAAGUCGUUUGGAAGGAAUGGAAAGGAUUAUUGCAAGGAAAGGUGUUGAUAGAAUAGAAAAAUUUAUUCCAAAAAAUUAUCCAAAAGUAAAAUUUCGAAAUGAACUGAACAGAAAAAGAAUUUUAAUUACUGGGGGAGCUGGUUUUGUUGGUUCUCAUUUAGUUGACAGAUUAAUGCUUGAUGGACAUGAAGUUAUUGCUUUAGAUAAUUUUUUUACUGGAAGAAGGAGGAAUAUUGAAAGGUGGAUUGGACACCCGAAUUUUGAAUUAGUCCAUCAUGAUGUUGUUAAUGCUUUUUAUAGUGAAGGUAAUUAA